GGAGAGAACCCAAACACGGAAAUUUAUCUUUGUGUUGCCAAUACUUGACUUACAAUUGGCAUUUGAUAGUUUCUGUUUCUUGUUUCUUUUUCGGCUGUUGACAUUAUGUCGAAUAUUUACUUAUUGCCGGUUGCCACCUUUCUCAUCUUUCAGGUGACAUUCCUGGGCACCUAUAUUGUGGCCGUGCUGGAGGGACAUGUGGUGCCCACAGUGCCGUACAUAAGCGAUGCGGCCGCCUAUUCACCGGAAAGCUGCAUUUUCGGUCAGCUUAUUAACAUUGGCAGCGUUCUCUUGGGAAUCACAAUUUAUGUGCGAUAUCGUCAUGUGUUGCAAUUGUACGAACAUCAUCCGGACCUAGAUGCCGCUGUGCUACGCCACAAUCGGCUGGCACUCUGGUUCGGCAUGUUUUCCUGCUUGGGGAUCAGUUUUGUGGGCAACUUCCAGGAGACGAAUGUGCGUAUUGUGCACUUCAUUGGUGCGUUCUGUUGCUUUGGCUGUGGCACCCUAUACUUUUGGAUGCAGGCUCUCAUUACGUACAUGGUAUACCCGAUGGCUGGCACCAGAAUCAUCGCGCACAUUCGUCUGACGAUGGCCGUCUGCUGCACAAUAUUGUUCAUAAUGCUGGCCGUGACGGGCGUCAUGUCCCACAUUCUUUUCAAUGGCCAAAAUCCUCGAAAGUGGUAUCCGUCCGACGGUGGUUGGUAUUAUCAUGUGGUUAGCACCAUCUCGGAAUGGAUUAUUGCGACAAUCUUUAGCUUCUUCAUACUGAGCUUUACGCCCGAGUUUCGGGACAUUUCGCUGCACCAUCCGCAAAUCUCGCUGCUCUCCUACACUAUGACAGUGUAGAUAUGUAUUGUGCUGAAUGAGCUGCUAUGUCGAUAUAUUCCUUACGCAGAGCUGAGAUCAGGGGGAGCUCAUCUUCAAAAUGAUGCGCCAAGGAUAUGAGAGCUAAUGCUCCUGCUCCUGCUCUUGAUCUUGAUCCUGAUAUAAAUUAUUGCCUAAGUACCAAUAUGUAGAUCGUUUAUUAAAUACGUCAAACACAGACCGUUUAUGGUCAAAAAUGCGAUCCAACUCCUGCUUAUUUGGUGCGAUUCACAAUAACUUAUAAAUAAACCUGCACUCGAGUUGAUAUCAAUUCCAAAAUUGGCAAAUAUUCAAAUAAAUGUCGCAACAAUUUUUAA